GGGUGUUUGAGGAGAUAUGACAGAAAACGAAUGCGCAGAGACAUGGCAGAGGGAGAGGUAGGAUGAGAAAGCACUUACCUCACCUAAUCCAUAACGGAAUCACGUAGGAGGAGAUGGUAGACUGUUUUUUUCGGGAGGGCGAAUCCAGUGGGGAUGUCAGAUGAGUAUGAAAGUCAUUAGGUUGGGAGAUUAGUAAAGAGUGGAGUGCGCGGAUAUGUCCGGAAGGAACGAAGAAGAAAGGGAAAGGGCGAAAGUUUGAGUUACUCGGGCGUUUCUCCACCGUUCUCACUAAACUAAGAUGGGAUUCUGGGGUUCUUGGGUCAGGCGAACGUAGUGGUAAUGUUAGUUUUGACUAUAGGUUGGUGGAUUAGAAGUUAGUAAGAAAAUGAAAUGCGCGGGGGUACCCAUAGAGUAGAUAUGGCAGGACUGGUAAGAGAAGAUUUCACUCGAUUCACAGUGAAAACGGGUGGGGUAGAGGAUUAGACUGGGCUUUGGUGUAGGGCAAGUUCGUUGGUGAGUGCGGAUUCGGGGGUGGGCAGCAGACUUGGUUUCACGGUGUGUAGAGGCUGCGCACAGAGAAAAGUGGUGCAAAGAUGAAUCCUUCCGUUUUUUAGCGGAAGAUUCAUUUGGAUACGUUCUCUGUUUUUUUUUUUUUUUUUUUUUUAUGGGCACUGAAGAAGUGCUGCCCGCCAUUCUCGCGUGGUCGUCCGGGAUAAUGCUGUUUCGUCACCCUCGGUCCACCGUUCGAAGGUAGCAAUAAGUGCAACCUUUUCGUUCCCGGGUAGUCGCCACGCUCUCCGUGUUAGCGCACUACUCCCUUGUUCACUGAGGGUUGAACCUGGCCAAAAGUAAGACCGGGUGUUUGAUCGAUAAAGCUCGUGGAGAGAGAGAGAAAGAGAGAGAGAGACCAGAAGUGAGAGGGAAUAGGGCGGGACUGCGAGAGUUUGCGUUUCACUUACGCUGUGUGGUCUUCGCGGCAGAAUUCAGGCGCACCAGCCCAACGGCGCCAGCGGUAGUGAUUUCGCGGUAGUGAUUCCGCGGCAGAAUUCACUCCGCACCUACGCGAAGGGCGCGAAAGGCGCGAAAGGCGCGAGCAGCGCGGUUAUUUUUUACGGUCUCGUUUGUGCGCAGGCGUCCGUGCUACGAAGGUGAAAGGAAGGUUGGCCUGGAGAGGGGGUGGGUUGUCGAGUGUGUUUGUGAGAUAGAGAACAGUGAAGGUGGGGGGGGAUAUUGAUGCUUCGGGAGAAGGGGGGGGAAGAACGGAAUCACUACAGUUAACGUGGGGGGGGGAUAUCGAUGCUUCGGGAGAAGGGGGGGGAAGAACGGAAUCACUACGGUAGCAAAGGGUGUGGCCCCCAGUUGGCCCCCAGUUGCGAAUGAAAUCAGCCCAUUGGUUAUUAUUGGUUUAUCUUUGAUCGGCCAUCGGGCUGAGGUCGAGGGGUUUCCACGCGGCGCAUGGCACGAGGCGAUCGGGAUGGGUCAUUGGUUCAGAGGUUGGCUGCUCGCAAGGUCGGCUACCUGAUGUUCUUUCUCGUCGAUGUCGCGAUUGGCGAUCCGUGAUUGGUGACGUGGCACAUUGUUGAUCGCCAUUGGCGAUCCCGGGCCGCGAUUGGCGACGUGGCGAUUGGGAGCGAUCUGUGAUCGGUCCACGUGGCGAUUGUUGAUUGGCGGACGUGCGCACCUCGUAGUGAGGGCGGGGAUCGGUCUACGAAGGCGGGGAACUCGUGUGCGUCUGAGAGAAGAGCGUGGUGAGGAGGCAGUGAGAGAGAGAGGAGAGGACGACAUCCAUCGUCAUGGCCGAGGGUCCGGCCAAGUUGAUCAACAAUACCGAAGAUGUGGUGACAGAAGCACUGGAUGGGCUGGUCCACUGUUAUCCUCAUCUGGUCAGGCUUGACGGUUUCCCAGAGGUCAAGGUGGUUCUGCGCCGAGAUGUGCAACAGGGCUGUUUUAGGAAGGUUGCCGUAAUUUCAGGUGGAGGGAGUGGACAUGAACCAGCCCAUGCUGGUUAUGUGGGCCAGGGAAUGCUUACUGCUGCUGUAUGCGGAAACAUCUUCAGCUCCCCACCUGUCAAUUCCAUUCUUGCGGCCAUUCGAGCUGUCACAGGACCACCAGGUUGUUUGCUAAUUGUUAAGAACUACACAGGUGAUCGGCUCAACUUUGGACUGGCUGCAGAGGCUGCAAAAGCUGAAGGCCUGAAAAUCGAGAUGGUUAUUGUGGAAGAUGACUGUGCUCUACCCCCACCUAGAGGGAUUGUCGGACGACGAGGUCUGGCAGGGACGGUUUUUGUUCACAAGAUUGCAGGGGCGGUGGCUGAGGAGGGUGGGACCUUGGAAGAGGUGAAAGCAGAAGCAGAAAAGGCAGCAUUAAAUAUAGGGACCAUGGGUGUUGCAUUGUCGCUGUGCACAUGGCCAGGACUGAAGGCAUCAGCGAGAAUGAGAGCAGGGCAGAUAGAACUCGGGCUUGGAAUUCAUGGAGAGCCAGGUGCUAUGCUAAGCAAUAUGCAGCCUGUGGAGGACAUCGUAUCCCAUAUGCUCGAGACCAUACUCUCUAAGUCUUCAGGCUAUCUUACUCUCAAAGGUGGCGAUAAAGUUGCGCUCAUGGUGAAUGGGCUUGGAGGAACUUCACAGUUGGAGCUUUUGAUUGCUGCAUGGAAUGCAUCAACUCUUUUAGAAGUAAAAUGGGGUUUACGGAUGGAGCGGGCAUAUGUUGGAUGCUUCAUGACAUCUCUGAACAUGGCUGGGAUAUCCCUAACAUUGAUGAAAGUUGAUGAUUGCAUACUGAAGCGCCUUGAUGCACAAACACAUGCCCCAGGCUGGCAGAAUCCCCUGUCCUUCUCGGGAUCAAGGCCAAGCACAGGGAACAUAAGGCCAUUGCCUCAGCCUCCUCAAGAACAUGAAGAGUCAGUUUCUCGUCCUCAGGAGCUCACCAAGCUUGGGACAGUUAUGGAAGCAGCUAUCACUGCUGCAGCAAAUGUGCUAAUAGACAUGCAGCAGGAUUUCAACAAGUGGGAUGAAGUCGGCGAUGCAGACUGUGGUUCCACGUUGGCCAGGGCAGCAAGGGGGAUUUUGGAGGACCUUAAAACAAGAUAUCCGUUGAAUGAUGCGGCUACAACAAUCAGGGAAUUGGGGCGGACAAUUGGUAUUCACAUGGGAGGAACCAGUGGGGCUCUAUAUGACAUUUUCUUAAGAGCAGCCUAUGCGCACUUGAAAGGAGUUCCACACAUCAAGCCUUCUGAUUGGGUUCAUGCAUUUGAAGCUGGCACAGAAGCAAUCAAGAAGUACGGGCGUGCAAAAAGAGGUGACAGAUCCAUGCUGGAUGCUCUUCUCCCUGCUGUCGAUACUCUCAAGGAGCAUGUGGUCCGAGGACGGUCGAACCCUGUCACUGCGUUCUUGGAAGCAGCCAAGGCAGCAAGAUUUGGUGCAGAAUCUACCAAGCAUAUGGAUGCACAGGCUGGACGAGCAAGCUAUGUUAAUAAAGCUGUUUCGCAGGGACAACCUGAUCCUGGAGCCAUGGCAGUGGCAGCCUGGCUGAAGGCAGCAGCGACUGCUGUGGAGCGGACCCUAUCUGCGAUGUGAUCUCUCUCUCUCUCUCUCUCUCUCUCUCUCUCUCUCUCUCUCUCUCUCUCUCUCUCUCUCUCUCUCUCUCUCUCUCUCUC